UUAGCCGCUCGGGAUUUCAGUUUGCAAAAAAUAGGUUUGUUUCGUCGGCAAUUGUGAAAAUUUGCGUAAUUUUUCGUUUGAAACUUGUUGAACAUUUCCGAACACUGAAAAUCGACUAUGUCCGACAUCGACGAUGAUUUCAUGUGUGAAGAUGAAGAGGAUUACGGUCUGGAAUAUUCCGAAGACAGUAAUUCGGAGCCAGAUGUGGAUUUGGAGAAUCAAUACUACAACAGCAAAGCACUGAAGGAGGAAGCUCCGUUGGAGGCACUGAAGUCAUUUCAGAAAGUGCUUGAUUUGGAAAAUGGUGAAAAAGGAGAAUGGGGAUUCAAAGCACUUAAGCAAAUGAUCAAAAUCAAUUUCAAACUGCAAAACUAUCAGGAAAUGAUGGCCCGGUACAAACAGUUAUUAACGUACAUCAAAAGUGCAGUGACAAGAAAUCAUUCGGAAAAGUCUAUUAAUUCUAUUUUGGACUAUAUUUCCACGUCGAAAAAUAUGGAACUCCUUCAAAACUUUUACGAAACCACCCUGGAAGCUCUCAAGGAUGCUAAGAACGAUCGGCUUUGGUUUAAGACUAACACAAAGCUAGGCAAACUGUACUUCGAUCGAAAUGAUUUUGGUAAACUUCAGAAAAUACUCAAACAACUUCAUCAAUCCUGUCAGACAGACGAUGGCGAGGACGAUUUGAAAAAGGGUACGCAAUUACUGGAAAUUUACGCUCUGGAAAUUCAGAUGUACACCGUACAGAAGAACAACAAAAAGUUGAAAGCAUUGUACGAACAGUCCUUGCACAUCAAAUCGGCUAUUCCCCAUCCACUGAUCAUGGGUGUGAUCCGGGAGUGUGGAGGUAAAAUGCACCUUCGAGAGGGAGAAUUUGAGAAAGCUCACACUGAUUUCUUCGAGGCGUUCAAAAAUUAUGACGAAUCGGGUUCGUCAAGGCGCACAACUUGCUUGAAAUACUUGGUGCUUGCCAAUAUGCUUAUGAAAUCCGGCAUCAAUCCUUUCGAUUCACAGGAAGCGAAACCAUACAAGAAUGAUCCGGAAAUUUUAGCCAUGACCAAUCUGGUGGUGAGCUAUCAAAACAAUGACAUCAUGGAAUUUGAGUCCAUUUUGCGAAAUAAUCGGAACAAUAUCAUGGCCGAUCCGUUCAUUCGGGAACACAUUGAAGAUCUGCUGCGAAAUAUUCGUACACAGGUACUGAUCAAACUGAUUCGCCCGUACACCAAGAUUACGAUUCCGUUUAUUUCGAGCGAACUGAACAUCGAACCAGUGGAAGUGGAAAGUCUUUUGGUGUCCUGCAUCCUGGAUAGCACCAUCCAGGGUCGAAUUGAUCAGGUCAAUCAGGUGCUAGAACUGAACAAGGAGGCACGUUGUGGAGCUCGUGAUAGCGCUAUUGAGAAGUGGUCCAACCAGAUUAAUUCGGUACAAACAGCCAUCAUCAACAAGAUGGCUUAAGGCAUGUUGCUUGAUAGGUUGGAUAGGCCCACACUCUCGUUUGCCAAGUUUAUGGUUGUCACGCGGAACAGGAAUAUUUGAAAUGAAUCAUUCAAAAAAAAAGAAUAAAUAAUUUACACAACCGCUUGUUAUGAUA